CCGCCAGCAGGAAUUAGAUCAGUUCACUUGAAGGUUUUAAGAAAGUUGAUGUCAACUUGGGAGUUUGUUGUUGGAUCAACAGGUGAUUGAUUGCGUAACGGUGAUGCGCGUAAUCCAAAAGAGAUAAAGUUUUACCACACAGACGUAUAGGACGUUUCUGAUUAAAAAAAAAAAAAAAAAAAAAAAGUUUUGGUUGAAGGUUGUUUUGGUACAAGAAGCUGAACUUUUCCCGGUUCUGAACUCGGCUGGACAUGGCAGAGGGAGACUUCUACACUAUGGGAAGCCGGCAGAGGUUUCCCAGGGAUCCUUUUGGAGAGUCACCGUUCAGGGAUCAGUCUCCGUUCAGGGAUCAGAUCGCGUCUCGGUUUAUGGAUGACGAAUUUGGGAUGCCACCUUUCCCCGAUGAUCUGGCGAUGGACUGGCCGGGCUGGGCUCGGCCGGGCCGGCUAAGCACGCGCCUCAGCACCUCGCCUUUCAGCAGCAGUUUACGCUCAGGUUUCCCCGCGCGUCAGUCCGCGGGAGGCCCCGCGCUGUACACCAGCAGGUACGGAGAGCCCUCGUCCCGGAGCUCCCCCACCACCACCGGGGGGGAGCCCUGGAAAGUUUGCGUCAACGUCCACAGCUUCAAACCAGAGGAAUUAAACGUGAAAACGAGAGACGGGUUUGUAGAAGUGUCAGGGAAACACGAAGAGAAGCAGGAAGAAGGAGGCAUCGUGACAAAGAAUUUCACAAAGAAGAUACAGAUCCCGAUAGAUGUGGACCCUCUGACAGUCUUCGCCUCCUUGUCCCCCGAGGGCGUCCUCAUCAUCGAAGCUCGGCAGACGCCUCCGUAUUACCUCUUCAGCAACGAGGGCUCCCAGAGCGGCGAGACGCAGGAGGUGGAGGUCCCCAAACCCCAAGAGGCACAGAUGGUCUAAACCCCGACCUUCUAACAUGACAGAUAACCCUGCACAAUCACUUACAAGUUUGAUAUGAAAUUUGUGGCCUUCAGCUUCAUGUUGUUACAAACCUGGAAUUAAAAUGUGUAAAAUAUACUAGGAGAUAUUCAAGUCCCAUUUUGCAUGUUAAAGCUGCGCCAGGCAAGACUUUAAUGUAGAAAAUAUACAUUUUUACAAUGAAGAGCCUCGUCUUUAAUGGAGAUAGCAAAGGUUUUUUUUUUUAAUUCUCAUUCACUUCUUUUAUUUCCUCAAUUAAGAUACCUUCUUUUUUUUUCAAUUAAGUGCAAAACCCAAAGAUAUUGAUAUGACAGAAAUAAAAAUAGCUUCCAAAAAAUGUUCUGUCUAUUUCAGUUCCAUUUCCCUUUUUAAUUUAAAUUUAAACCCAAAGUUCAUAUGACCAGGACAAGCAGGACUCUUUAACUUCAGAUCCUUUUUUCCCUUCCUUUUUUCCUUUCCUUUAUUAGAAAAAGAUCACAGACCAGCUGGUUUGGUAAACAUGAUUAUGUCAUCAGCAUUUAACUGAUGUCACAUUUCAUGUUUUCUAGGUUCUGAAGGUCAACAUUUGUCAGUGUGUUAACUUGUCUUGUGCAGCUUUAAUAUUAUACAAGGUUAUGUAAUCAUAGCCUUCUCAGUAAACAGUAAGUUAAUACGUGUCAACUUCUAAAGAAUCACAUUUAUAUUUGUAUUUAUAUUAACAUGAAGUUCAUUUAGUGGAACAAUCUUUGCAUCAAACAUAUUGUACGUGAUUCCUUUAGUUUAAAAAAAAAAUAUGAAUGUGCCUUUAUUUACUUGGGUGCCUUGACUUCUUCCAGUUCUACUGCUGUUUAUCUCUUUUAGUUAAUGAAUGUCACUUAAACUGACAAGAAACGCAAGUUUUGUAGCUUAGCAGAGGGUGAAUUGUGUGCAGUAAUACUGUAUUCUACCGAAGUGUAUUGUAAAUAUACUUUAAUAUGUACCAAUUCAUUAUAAAUAUUAAACUGAAGUGUUCCAGGUUUUUUGCAAUAUGGUUUGAAUUUUUCUUUUCUAUUUGAGUCAUUCAGAAAGAUUGCUGCAUGAUUGUUGGAGCGGACAGGCUGACUUGUUUGCCAAAGACGUUUGUUUCCUGCCUUCUUUUCUGUUGAUGUCUUUGUCUUGGCUGAUGCAAUAAAAAUGUCCAGCCAAUCUCUCA